UUAACGCAUCCAGUAGAAAUGAUUAACCAGAGGCGCUCCACGGGCCAGCAUGUCAAAUAAUAACAAUAAUCAUGGGCUUUAGACACAGCAUCUCGUCUGAGACUCACACCCUCAGACAAUAACUAAGCAUCUUUGGGACGUUUUUUGAGGGUCUGCGGACGCCCUCGAAGUUGGAGUUGGGUCGCCAAAUGGAUGUCGGAAUGAAACCCCCACUUCUAUCGGACUGAAGCAAGGAGGGAAAGAAAACCUGCAUGUUCAAGUUUCCUGCUCCAACCAGAGGGGCAUCGCUGCGUGCGUGUUGGAUGUGUGUGUGGAAGUGUGUGCUGGCUGCGUGUGUGUGCGCAGCGGCGGUGGUCUUGGUGGUGGCCGCGGGAAGGGAAGUUUAGCAGCGUGAUUUGUCUUGUUUCCCUCUCUUCUGUUGCGUUGUUCUCCAUGUCACACCAGGGGACAGGCGGAUUAACGUUUCCCUGAUGAGAAUUAAUCAUCUGUGCAGAGGCUCUGUGAUCGUGACUGUGAUGAUGAUGUCGAGUAAGAGCGUGGAGUGGCUGCAGGAGGAGCUGGAGUCCGGGGCCAGCUCCCUGCUGCUGCUGGACUGCAGACCCCAUGAGCUGUACGAGUCCUCGCACAUCGAGUCGGCCAUCAACCUGGCCAUCCCGGGCCUCAUGCUGCGGAGGCUGAAGAAGGGCAACCUCCCCAUCCGCUCCAUCAUCCCCAACAACGAGGACAAGGAGAAAUUUGUGAAGCGGUGCAAGACGGACGUGGUGGUUCUGUACGACGAGGCGACCCCGGAGCGGCAGGAGUCCGGGCUGGGAAGCUCCGUGCUGGGGCUGCUGCUGCAGAAACUGCGGGACGACGGAUGCAAGGCUUUCUACCUGGAGGGGGGCUUCAACAAGUUCCAGUCGGAGUACCCCGAGCACUGCGAGACCAAUUUGGACUGCUCCUGUCCCAGCAGCUCCCCCCCAGCCUCAGUCCUCGGCCUCGGGGGUCUGCGCAUCAGCUCCGACUGCUCUGAUGGAGAGUCGGACCGCGAGCCGGGCAGCGCCACAGAGUCAGAGGGCAGCCCGCUCCCCAGCAACCAGACAGCGUUUCCCGUCCAGAUUCUGCCGUACCUCUUCCUGGGCUGUGCCAAAGACUCCACCAACCUGGAUGUGCUCAGCAAGUACAACAUCAAGUACAUCCUCAACGUGACGCCCAACCUGCCCAACAUGUUCGAACAUGAAGGCGACUUCAAAUACAAACAGAUCCCCAUCUCCGAUCACUGGAGCCAGAACCUCUCUCAGUUUUUCCCCGAGGCCAUUUCAUUCAUCGACGAGGCUCGCUCGAAGAAGUGCGGCAUCCUGGUGCACUGUCUGGCGGGGAUCAGCCGCUCGGUGACCGUCACGGUGGCCUACCUGAUGCAGAAGCUCAACCUGUCGCUCAACGACGCGUACGACUUUGUGAAGCGGAAAAAGUCGAACAUUUCCCCAAACUUCAACUUCAUGGGCCAGCUGCUGGACUUUGAGCGGACGCUGGGCCUCAACAGUCCCUGUGACAACCACUCCACCUCCCCGACGCACGAGCAGCUCUUUUUCACCACCCCGACCAAUCACAAUGUGUUUCAACUGGACACGCUGGAGUCCACAUGAGAAUCAGACGAGGGGGAACUGUCCCUUUCUUCGACGGGUUAAAGGUGGUGUUGUUACCAUGGUAACAAGUGGCUGCACUGGAGGGAGCAGCCAGUUUGAAUUAAUGUUUUAGCCUCCGAUGGCUUGUUGUCUGCGAGCCUGGCCACGGAGCAGCGUCUGAGGGGCAGGAGAGGUCACAGGUGGCACGUUAAAAAGGGGAUAGGGUGCUUUUUGACCCGGAGAGAUAACUGACAGCUGGGUUAAGGAUGGCAUCCUCCUCAGGAGAUGAUUGAAAUUGAGGGAGGAAGAGCUCCGAUCAACUUGUCUUGUCACAAAGAACCGAGGAGCACUUAACUGACUGAGAAACUGAGCGAAGGACGCGGCAGGACAGACAGCUUCAUACAAAGACUUAUGAGACAACAAACAUCCACUCUGUCUUUCUGUCUCGGCUCUCGAGUCGAGCUGACUGGUGCCAAGCGGAGAAUCUGGGAUUAUCUUGUCGGAAAUCUCACUCUACUGAAUGUGGAGUUUUACAAACCAAGGAAUUAACACACACACACACACACACACACACACACACACACACACACACACACACACACACACACACACACACACACACACACACACACACCUAAACAAAGUAUGUAUGUUUGUACUGUAUGUAUGGUAACGUACAUAAAUGUAUGGGCAGUCCUUAACAAAUUCAGUAUGUCUUUAUGCAUUUUUGUAUAUUUUUGUGUAAAUCUACGCACAAAUCUAUACCUUAUAUAAAUAUAUAUACGCAUAGAAAUCUUACCUAUCCAAUCCAGAUGGUUUAGGAGAUUGUAAAACUAAAGAAGGGGAAUGGGUGUGAAGAUGCCAGCAAAGAGGAACGUUGAGGUGAUAUUCCGAGUUGUCUUUUUUUCUUUUUCAAGUUUUGUUUUUCUUAUAGUUUGUUAUGACCUAAUGCAGUUUGCACAGUGGUGAAGCCAUUGACUUGUUGGCACUUGAAGCCAGUGCUGAAAGCCGGCAGAUAAAGAGACAUUCAGAGAGGAGAGGCCAGUCCCAGGCUGCGACAUGUCCCGACAGCUGCA